AUGCGCUCCUUCCGCAGCAUGGCUGUAUUAUACCUCUGCUGGCUGGCUUGGGCUGCGUCCAGCCUUGCCCAACUUCAGAGCUUUCACCCCAGUGGACACGAUGAUCUUACCUACAGCAUCAAUGUCCCUCAAAGCACCUCGCAGUCUGGCGCGGGAUCGAUAUACUUUCAACUAAACUCUACGCGAAACGUACGAUGGUUCGCCCUCGGCCAGGGGACUCGCAUGGUGGGCGCAAAUAUCUUCGUCGUCUACCCCAAUGGUGACAAUGUGACGGUUUCCCCUCGUCUUGGGAUGGGUGAAAUCCAACCGCUUUACAAUAGCGAUGCUCAUGUCUCGCUGCUGGAGGGAAGUGGGUUCUCCAAUGGCGCGAUAACUGCCAAUAUCCGUUGCGACAGCUGUAUGAAUUGGACCGGGGGAAGCGAAGACCUGACCAGCGCCUCGAGUUCCUGGCUCUGGGCCGUGAAGUACGGAUCGCCGCUGGAUUCUAGCGAUGUCUCUGCGGAACUCACGCAACAUGAUGACUCGGGUGUGGUGAAUAUUGAUCUAGUGAAAGCGACGGGUGGGAGUUCGGACAACCCAUUCUUUGAUACAUCCAAAUCCUCCACACCUACGACGGUCAUCACGGCGACUGCCCAGAAUCCCAACACCGUUUUCAAUCAGAAAAGAACGGCGCAUGCAGUGAUGAUGAUCAUCGCGUUCGUGAUCAUGUUUCCCUGUUUCGCUCUCACGAUCCAAAUCUUCCCCUCGUCCCGGACGGCGACCGUUCACGGGUUGCUUCAACUUCUCACUCUGAUUGUUGUUCUCGUCGGGCUUGGGCUUGGGGUGUCUAUGGCCAAAGAGCUCAACUUACUGACCAACCAUCACCCCAUUAUUGGUCUCGUCGUCGUCUCAAGUCUUACUCUUUUCCAACCGAUCAUGGGCCUGUUGCAGCAUCGCUUCUACCGCAAGACUCGAAGCAAGGGCAUCUUUGCUUAUGUGCACCGCUGGUUUGGACGAACGAUGAUCGUUUUGGGAAUUAUCAAUGCGGGACUUGGGUUCCAGUUGGCGAGAGGUCCCAAAGGAGCCGUUAUCGCGUAUAGCGUUGUGGCGGGAGUGUUGGGAUUAUUUUAUUGUGCCGUGGUCGUAUGGGUGCAAUGGGGUCGGAAACGCAGUCGGUGA